ACACACACACAUGCACACACACACAAACACACACACACACACACACACACACACACUGGCACUCACUCUCAUACACGCACAGCAGGCAUGCAGUUUAAAGGGAGAUAAUAACAGACUGAGUGUGGUGGUGCUGUCGAAUGGUGCCUGACGAUGAAGAGAGGGCUUUUUUUUCCCGCAAACUGAUCUCCACGCUGAGCUCCACGCCGACUGACCGCGCUCGCUUGCGCCGUGCUGGGGCUGCUGCUGCUGCCGCCGCUGCCGGGGCUGCGGUUGUGUGCGCUCUCCUCCCUGGGAUGCAUCCUGCCGCGGCUUUUUGAUGCUUUGCAGAUCCACCACCCUUCUCCAGAGUGAUGAACUAACAGGCAAUGUCUUCUCCUUCGGAAAGCCGCCGUGUUACAUGCAGCUGCUCACAUUAGUUCUGUGUGUCUGCUGCCCGAUCGCCUCCUCAUGCGCUACGCGGACAAUUUAUAGAGUAUAUUUACAAUAUAUUUUUUAUUGCCGACUAUCUGGGUGGUGCCGUUAUUCAUAGACAGCCGGCGAAAACUGCAUUAAUUCAGAAGUCUUACGAAAUAUUUCACCACGUGAAGGAAGGCGCAGAAUACUGGGAUACUGAGCUAUUCAUUUAUUUUUCUUAUGGUUCAGUUGGCAGCCCUGUCCAGGAGAACUGAUCCAAUUGUACUAUUAUUAUGCAACCGCAAGGAUCUCUUCUUUAUCAGGGUGUCUAAGCUGCUGGAUUGCUCUUCGCCCAAAUCAAUGUGGUUUCUUUGGAGAAUUUUCAGCAAAGGAACGCAUAUGCUGCAGUGUCUUUGUGGCAAGAGUCUCAAGAAGAACAAGAACCCAAGUGAUCCCCAGCUCAAGGGAAUAGUGACCAGGUUGUACUGCAGGCAGGGAUACUACUUGCAAAUGAAUCCAGAUGGAUCUCUGGAUGGGACCAAGGAUGACAGCACUAAUUCUUCUUUGUUCAACCUCAUCCCUGUGGGCCUUCGAGUUGUUGCCAUUCAGUCCGUGAAGACAGGGUUAUACAUCGCCAUGAAUGGAGAGGGUCAUCUGUAUACUUCGGAACUCUUCACUGCAGAGUGCAAGUUUAAAGAGUCGGUAUUUGAAAACUACUAUGUGGUCUACUCGUCCAUGUUGUAUAGACAACAAGAGUCAGGAAGAGCUUGGUUCCUGGGUCUAAAUAAGGAGGGCCAAGCCAUGAAGGGGAACCGAGUGAAGAAAACCAAACCAGCCGCUCACUUCCUUCCCAAGCCAUUAGAAGUUGCCAUGUACAGGGAACCAUCUUUGCAUGAUGUCGGGGAGACAGUUCCAAAGGCUGGGGUACCCCCCAGCAAAAGCACAAGCGAGCCUGUUGUGAUGAACGGCGGGAAGCCGGUCAGCAAACCAAGCAAGCCGACAUAGCCUAGCCUGCAGGGGACUGGGGUCUCUACCCCGCCGGGCUGCAGCACGCUCGCCUGUGGAUCAGGGUCAGGCGAUGUUCCCUCCUCACACUCUCUCCAUAGUGUUGUCGCUGGUGGAUCCAUCUGGAAGCUUGGCCCAAGAGGGGCCUGGAGGAGAUGGCUGAAUUGCCAGCUGCACUCUGACCAUGGAAUGCCCUACCAGAUAUGGAAUGCCUUUUUUGAAUUUUUCUGUAACUGUGACAAUCCAUGAGAAUGACAUAUUUCACAGCCUCAUGUGGUACCUUGCCUGCUGAUGGUUACCCAUAGCUCCCCUUUUUGCGCCCUGUCGCACCAGAGUCCAUGUAAUUCAGAUCUAUUUUCUAUACCACAGUACACCAGCUAUGUUCUGGGUAGAUGCUGUACAGAUAUACUUAAAAGGACAGUCAUCUAUUUUUUACAAGUAUGUUCCCUUCUUUCUCUUUUUAUCACUCUUCUAUCAGUCUUUCUCUUUGUCAAACACUUAAAAUUUUUUGCAGGGGCUAUGUGCGAUUUUCUAAUACACAGCGUGUGCACACAUGUACUCACACACAGUCAAACAAACAUACUGAUAUAAUAGUAGAAGUACUACUCCACAAGUGGCGCGGUUCCAAGGAAGCAUUUACAAUAGGACGACUGUGGAAAUCUCACAGGCUGCAUUUACCAAGAGAACAGAAUGUCUCAGGCUAGAUGUGGACUUUUAUUUCCAGAUUUAAAAAAAAAAAAAAAAAAGAAAAAAAAAGAAAAACAUGCUGUGAGCCAGCAGUUUGCUCCUGAGGCUGGUGUGAACAAAGCGUUGAUUAGGAGCGCGGCAAUCAGCAGCGAGGAGCUCUUUACGCACGAGGCAUACAGUACAUAUCACACUCCAGUUCCACCCGCGGUGACGUUUUGCCUCAUCUGGUAAAUAGGAAGCUUGAUUUCUAUUUUUCCUUUGGUUUUCUUUUAGAGCACGGCUCUAGGAAUAUCUAUAGGCCUUGUAGGCCUCCAGACGAGGACCGUGCCUCACACAGCCGUCCCACCGAAUGGCUGGCCACGCCUGUUGCGGCCAUGCGGACCGUGUUAGCUUUAGUCAUUUUGUAAGAAACCCUUCAGUCAGUGCGGGAAAUGGCUAAAUAAAUGCCACUGCUUCUUGGCCGCAGUCCCCAUCGUGUUCAGCUAAGCAUGGGCAAGGUUACGUCACAAUAAUUUCUUGCAACGGUGGUGCAAGAGAUAACUUAUAACAACAGUUUCACUGUAUAAAUAAACAAAAUGUAAUUUAAACAGCUAUACAUGACAUAUUAUACAUAUAUAUA